UGUCCUACAUGCUAUGGAUUUAAAAUUAGAGGUAGCUAGACAGGGGGAUGCCAUAGAAGAAAGGUUUUGUCCUAUAGCCCUAAAGUUGUCCAUGUGCCUGUUUUCUAUAUUCUAAACACCCCCUUAGCUCAUCUGGUUUCAUCUUCACCAGACCACUUGGUUUAAAUAUUCUCACCGGCCAAAAGCUUUAUAUAAAAGAAGCUGAGUGAGAGAAAGAUCGAACCUCAAAACUCUCCAACAAACACGUACUAAUAAUGCAGUAAAGCUUUUCUUUCUUUCUUCUUCUCUUUUAACGCCAUCCAUGGAGCCUUCUACUACUACUACCUCGAGUCCCAGGAUUUCCUUCUCCGCUGAUUUUCUCGACGGCGGCGAGGAGGAGGAGGAGGAGAAAGAUUUCAUAUCCAUAACCCCUAGUUCGGACACAGAGAAAGAUGUUCGUAAAAAGGAGAAAGUGAGGAAUAAUGUAGCAGCGGAGUUUGAAUUCCUGUCGAGCAAGAUGAACAGCGAGAGCAUGAUAACCGCCGACGAGUUGUUCUUCGAGGGGAAGUUGCGUCCGUUCUGGCAAAUGCAGCAGCAACAGUGCGAGAAGCUGAGCAAGAUCAGCCUGAAAACGGAGAAGCACGCCGCCGCCGGCGAGGAGGAGAAGGAGGAGAGCUGCGGCAGGGCGGCGGCGGUGAGCUGGUUUCUGGACGAGGAUCCAUCUCCGCGGCCGCCGAAAUGCACGGUGUUGUGGAAAGAGCUGUUGAGGCUGAGGAAACAGCGAGGUUCUUCUUCGUUGUCGCCGUCUUCUUCGACGUCGUCGUCUUCUUCCUCCGGGAGCUCUGUGUCCGGCGGAGAUGAGAGCAAGGAAAGGGAGAAUAAGAGUAAUGUGAAGAUGAGGGUGAAGAAAGGGCUGGAGAGAACUAGAUCGGCGACUAUAAGGGUGAGGCCUGUGAUUAAUAUGCCUAUUUGCUCACAGGGGAAGACCACUGCAGCACUGCCUCCCAUUUUCUCCUCCUUCAAAAAGGCUAGUAAAUUAGAGAGAUGAUUAUGAUGAUGUCUCUCUCUAAUUCAACAUUCAUUUUCGAUCUGCUCUUCAUCUUUUAGUAUAUCUUUUCUACUGUAAAAUUUAGAUUAUUUUGAUGUUCCCUCUAAUGGAUCUCAUGAAUUUCCCAUUUUUUUCCA